GUAAGUGGGAAUUUCAUUCCGGAGUUAAGCAUGCACCUGCAGUCCCACCGAGUUCCAAUGGGGUCACGGGUGAGACCGCAGCCCGACCCCAUCCAUAACAAUGGGACUUGCUCCCGAGGAAGCGCUUAGUUACAGCAGCCGUGGAAUAUGCCCUCCGCUCCGUGGCAAAGGCUGCAACCCAGUGCAUACACUAGAAGCGACAUACAAAUCAUGACUUGAUAUUUUUACAGACAACCUUCUCUCCCACCCACCGAGCAAAUUUAUCUAAACGUCCUUCUUAUUACAUUAUAUUAAAGUUUAGAGUAAAACGCAAGACGCACACUUAACAAACCGAAGGGAGAAAAAACAUGGGAAUAGAAUGGAGGAUUUAAUUAAUAAAUAUAGUGUAAAGGUAUACUUUUUAAGGGAGGCACUAGGCUCGGAGGGGGCGGCGGAAGAGAUUUGCUGUGGGUUUUUUCACGUCAAAAGAAAGAAAGAAAAAAGUUUCUCCCAAAUCGAGGGACCCUGCUAGAAGAGCCGCGGGUUGUAUCGUAUGCAAAUACGCAAGCUGACGUAAGAGAUCAUUGUUCAAGCAAGAGUCCCGGACCGGCUCCCCGCGUUCUAGAACGCGCACCGAGAGUUCCAUUCGGGGGAAAGUUCGUCUCUCCGCGUUCCAAAGCUUUGAUCGCAGUUCUUUAAUGGUAAGCCACUUUGGAAGGAUCCGUGAUCCUGAAAAGCAGCACAGAAAUCGCUUAAAUGUAAGGCAGCCGCGUUCGUUUGGUGGCCAGAGCUGAAGGCUAUGGCUAGCACUAGAAUUCUUUAAGCUAUAUUCUGGGCAAUAUCCCUACUGGGAAAGCUAAAAACCAUCUAACGGAGCAUCUUUGGGGCUUGUCCGAGAGAAGAAGUUGCUGCUACUGAGGACACUUACCAUGGCUAGCAAAAGGAAGUCGACAACUCCAUGUAUGGUACGAGCAUCUGAGUCUAUGGAGCAGGUGGUUCCCAAGGACUGUAAUGCAAGAAGGGCAGCUGGCACUCCAGACCAGGACACUGAAGACGGUUUGGUUGCCAGUAAGGAGAACUGUGAAAAUGACUGUGAAGUGAUUGAGGGGAAAUCUUCCCCAGCCAAUCCAACGAGAAAACCUCUUGGAGGUUAUGAAUGUAAGUACUGCCCCUAUUCCACACAGAAUCUGAAUGAAUUCACCGAGCACAUAGACAUGCAGCACCCCAAUGUGAUCCUCAACCCCCUCUAUGUGUGUGCCGAAUGUAACUUUACAACCAAAAAGUAUGAUUCCUUAUCCGAACACAACACAAAACUCCACCCGGGAGAAAAUAACUUCAAGCUUAAGUUAAUCAAGCUCAACAAUCAGACUGUCCUAGAGCAGUCCAUUGAGGUAACGAACAGCUCUGUUGUUGUAGAAACCCCUGAAUAUGAGUUGGUUCCUGUUGGGGCAAGCAGUGCAAACAAAACAUCCCCAGUUAUUAAUGUUGGAAAGCCGAAAGGUGAAACCCAGAAAAUUUCUCUGGAUAAGCACCUCGAUGGGAUCCCUCACCUUGUUACCGAAACCACUGAACCUAUUACAUGUAUUAACGGAGCAGAGCUUCUCCAGGAUAUUCUGGCUCAUGUGAUGCCCUCUGUACAGCUCCCGCCAAAUAUCAGUCUUGUUCCAAAAGUCCCUGUACCACUGAAUAGUACCAAAUACAAUUCCGCACUGGACACUAACGCAACUAUGAUCAAUUCCUUCAAUAAAUUUCCGUACCCAACGCAGGCAGAGUUAUCAUGGCUGACGGCAGCGUCCAAGCACCCGGAGGAACAGAUCCGAAUUUGGUUUGCCACUCAGCGUUUGAAGCACGGUAUCAGCUGGUCUCCAGAAGAGGUAGAAGAGGCCAGGAAGAAGAUGUUCAAUGGCACCAUCCAGCCGGCAGCCCAGACCAUUGCUGUUCUGCCCGCUCAUGUCACCGCUGCAAAAAUGCCACAGCCACUUAUCCAAACGGCUGUGCCUUGUCAGAUACUCAGUCAGACUGGCCUGGUUUUGACACAAGUAUCGAAUGGAUCGAAUGUCUCCCCAAUUACCCUUGCCGUUGCAGCCAGUCAAGGGCAGAAACGAAGCACGCAGAACCAGCCAGCGGUCCCAGAAGCCAAGCGUCCACACAUUGUUCCUGCCGAAGUCUUGUCCAAACCAAACACCCCUGCUACUCCUAUAAGCACAACCACCAUGCCGUUAUCUCCUGUGCUGCUGACAUCAUCAAAUGAUCGCAAGAAGACCAAGGAACAGAUAGCAGCCCUGAAGGCAAGUUUUAUUGUCAGCCAGUUUCCUGAUAAUGCAGAAGUGUACAGGCUGAUUGAAAUCACGGGCCUGUCCAGAAGUGAGAUCAAGAAGUGGUUCAGUGACCACCGAUAUCGAAGUCAAAGGGGAAUUGUCCACAUCACAAGCGAGUCCAUAGCCAAGGACCAGGUUGCCCUUGCUGCUGCACGGCAGGGGCGGACAUACAGUCCAUACCCAGACAUCACUUUCCAGAAGUUCAAAGGAAAAUCCCGAGAACAGCUUGGGAUCCUUGAAGAAAGUUUCCUUAAAAGCUCUUUCCCAACCCAAAGUGAGCUGGAAAGACUUAGGGAAGCAGCCAAUAUAACUGGAAGAGAGGUUGAAUCCUGGUUCACUGAGCGAAGAAAGCUCAGGGAUAACAUGGAACAAGCCAUCUUGGAUGCAAUGGGUUCAAGUAUAAAAAAUAAGGAGGAAGGAGCUUCCAACGGUGCAGUAAGCCUAACAGAGCAGUUCUACAUCUUGCAGGCACCGUCAUCUUUGUCUAGGUGCUCCACAGCAUUUGCCCCAAGUAGUCAAGAGCAGGUCCAUUUCUUGAAGAGUACGUUUGUGAGAACUCAGUGGCCAUCCCCACAAGAGUAUGAUGAGUUGGCAGCUCAAACAGGGCUCACUAGGACUGAAAUAGUUCGCUGGUUCAAAGAGAACAGGAGCUGUCUAAGAACCGGGACAUUAAAAUGGUUGGACCAGUACCAGCGCACCGUCGAUGGGUAUAAUGGGAUAAAGAGCCCGGUGCCCACUGAGACUCUGGAGAACAGUGAUGACAAGGAGCAUCAGAAGCUGGGGAAGCAGAAUGUAGAGGGGAUGGAGAAAUCCAAAUGCAAUCACCAAGACAGUCAAGGCAAUGAUGAGAACCAGGACACAGGCAAUGUGAGUUGGGAAGAAGUCACCAUUGAUGAUGAUGACGACGACGACGAUGCUUCAGACUGUAUGGAGAGCUGGGAUCCAACAGUGCCAGGAAGCAAAGCAGAUCUUGAUUCAGAAAGUAUAUCCGGCGAUAACUCUCACACCUAGACAGACCUAGAAAGCUGAAUAAUAUGCCUAUCUUUCAAUUCUUUGGAAGUAUGCUAUCACUGACCUUGGGAUCAGACAAGAUCUUCAGAAACAGGAUAAUCCAAUGAGUUUUGCCUCCCAAUUUGAAGCAUGUUGGCCCAGUCACAAUGAAGAAAAGACAAUCCUGUGGAGAGUCGCAACAAGUCUCAUGGUGCCAAAUUCCCACUCGGGGAUUUUUCAACAAGGGCCCUUGUAUAUAGGUUUUCUCUGCAAUGUGUUAGUUGCUUGCAUACUUCAGUUUACAACGUGGAGACUUUUUUUGCUGCCUUUUCUGGUUGGCACAUACAUUGCAGAUCCUUGCCAUCUCAAUGUCAUGGUUUGGCUUACCAGUUUUCUUAAAAAAUCAGUAACCGCCGUGUCUACUUUCCACAAUAAUUGGAAACUUUUUGGCCUGCUGCAUCCAUUUCUAAAGAUGUGUUUCUAUUCCCCCAAUGAGUGUUUAUCCAUCUCAACACAUUUUUACUGAUUACAUCGUGGGUUGGCUGUUUGCUUCAGCUUUCUUGACAGCCAUUUGUUCCUCUGCAUGCAGAAAAGAAACGUCGUCUCAGUGGGAGAACAGAUCUCUUUCAACACAUCCUGCAUUUCACCGUUUGCCAAAACAUCUGGAUUAUGGAACGCCGGAGAUGUUGACCGUACAACGCCUUUGCUUGUUCCAAGCACCUUUUUUUCUACUACGUAUAGUACAAUCUUUUUAAUUAAAAAAAAAACACUUUACAACAGAGGGCUUAAGCUUCUUUAUAACUGAACUUGUUCAUAAUUCUUUGUUGGUGCAAAGACAGAGAGAGACUUAUUUUUGUCGGCCCUAGAUGCUGUAGUGCACAACAGUUUUGCUUGUUCCUGGGUCCCAGUGUGCACUUUUGUUCUCCAAAUGACUGCUAAAAGGAGGAGCUAAACUGUCAUAAGUAUAUAUGGAGGUGACUUUGCUGUGGUUUGGAGAGUGUGAUCCGUUCCCCCCUCCCACAAUUAUACACUGCUCAAAUCUAAUGAU